AUGGCGAAGAUUAUCAGUGCAUCGGAGUUGGAAAUAGCUGCGGACGCAUUGGCGCGUGGAAAUUUGGUGGCUUUUCCAACGGAAACGGUGUAUGGUUUGGGUGGCAACGCUCUUAAUGAAGAAGCAGUGAAUAAGAUUUUUGCGGCGAAGGGGCGUCCGUUGACCGAUCCCUUGAUUUGCCACGUGCUAGAUGUUGACAAGGCGGUGGCGAUGUGGGAUGUGCAUGCAGAUCCAGAGGCUGUGGAAUUGGCCAGGGUGUUGGGGACGGCAAUUUGGCCGGGACCUUUAACCAUUGUGCUGAAGGCAAAACCCUCACUUCCGCAUUCGGUAACAGGCGGCUCGGGAUUUGUAGGUGCGAGAAUUCCACGCCACCCGGUGGCCUUAAAGCUGCUGCAGCUCGUGGAUUUUCCUUUGGCGGGUCCCAGUGCGAACACAUUUGGUCACGUUAGCCCCACAACAGCUGCUCAUGUGCUUCAGGACUUGGGACCGAAAGAUCCCUCGUUGUUGAUUAUUGACGGUGGACAGUGUGAUAUUGGGAUUGAAUCUACCGUGGUUAAGGUGAACAGCGUGGAGAGUGUUGAGAUUCUUCGCCGAGGGGGAGUUUCACUCACGGAUGUGCAACGCGUGCUUGGCGAUAAGUUUCACCCCUUCAUUACAAUUCGCGACACGCGCGCGCGUCACGGCAACCCCGAAACGGCGAUGGAUGGGCCUGGGCAGCUACUCACGCAUUACUCACCUAACGUACAGUCAAGGCUGCUCACGCCCAGUAGUUUCACCACCAAUGCGCCUGCGCCAUCAGAGCGGCUUAUUGUGGAGUUUUCUUCAAAUGCUCCUGGAACCGCAUUGACGGAGGUUUCGUUACGAGAUGCGGUAAUCAUUGACUUUGGGGCCCAUCUCCAGUCCCUCCAGGCAGGCUGCCUGGCGUAUCGCGAUCUCAGCGCAACGGCGCAGGUUCGAGAGGCGUGUUUUGCCGUAUUUGAUGCGCUGCGAUGGACGGAAACCAUUCCUGGGGCGAGGGUUGUGCUCUUUCCCCUCGUGUCGGAAUGGCCACACCCUUCCGUGGACGCCGAGCUCUUAGACGCCGUGGAGGACCGCCUGUUUCGCGCCGCCUCUGGUCAGGUUGCACGCAUUUGUGUGCAGUGA